GAUCCUGAAAGACAAAAAGCAAACGGAGGGGGAGGGAAGAAAAGGCAGACAAGGACGGAGAGGGUUUUUUUUUCAACUGCGAGGAGAGGAAAACUCACCUAAAUCCGUCGAAGACCCCCAAACCCAAGUCCGGUGUGUUUUUUUUAGCUGAUUUUGGCCUGGUUUUCUCCUGGACCUCUUUCCUGCUCCUCUCAGGCUCUGUGACUAUGAGCACCGCAGGUCAUCUGGCCCCGAACCGGCAGAAUGCGAAGGAGCUCGACAGCAUGAAGGAGUCCAUCAGCGACAUUAUCAACCAGCUCCAGGACAUCGACCCGGCCAGGCUCUCCUUCUCCCCCUUCCUGGACCUGGACACCCAGAUCUCGCUGGCGCCGGUGUCAGACAGCCCUGAGUCCUCGGUGGAGGAGCUGCGCUCGUCCUCCCACUCUGUCUCCGGCUCCCAGCGCUCGCUGGAACCGCCACCAGCAGCAGAGGAGCCAAGGAGCUCUGCUCCUCGCCAUCGGCAGCCAAACGUCAGCCUCCCCGGAGGGCCCGGCCCGGAUCGGACCGCAGAGGGGGAUCUGGAUCCGACUCUUUCCCGUCCCCUCGCCGCGGCGCACGGGUUGGACGGCGCCGUGGAAAACCGCGUGGCUUCUCCCACGCCGGCCUCUCGGGGAGACAUUCCCAACGGCACGGACACGCCGAGAUGGAGCCCGGGGUCCACCGACCUGGGGGGCACGGUGAACGAGGGCCGGCCUCUGAUUGGCCCGCGGCCGGAGAGCGUGGAGCUGGCCGUGUGGACUGAAGGCCCGGGGGGAGAGACUUGCGGGGAGGAGGUUUCGGACGGGGCUCCACGCCCCCGCUGCUGCUGCAGGUGUAGAUGCUGCCAGAGCGGCCGGGCCCCGGCUUUCUUCUCCGUCCUGGCUUCUCUCCUGUGCGCGGCCGGGAUCCUCUACGCGCUCUAUUUCCACGUCCCCAUCAGACCCCCCGACUGCUCCGACGGGGGCUGCCGCGUCCUGCUGGCCCUCUGCUGCUGCGCGGCGGCCGCUCUGCCCAUCCUGCUCGCUAUGCUCACAGGUGCGGCGUGCCAGUUCUGCUCCGGCUCGCUGAGUCUGCUGGAGCCGUUUCCCAGAAGGCAGACGCUUCAGCAGCUGUUUGUCUCCGCGUCCUCACAGCAGUUACUUCUUUACGUCCUCAACCUCACCGUCAUGGCCGCUCUGCUGCCUCAAGACCAGCUGAAGCUGGUGCCCAUCGUGGCCGCCAUGUUCAUCUUUGGGAGGCUUGUUUACUGGCUCAGCCUGAACACGUGCAGCUCCUGGCGGGGCUUCGGCUCGGGCCUGACCCUCUUCCCGCUUCUCGCCAUGGUUGCUCUGAAUCUGUUCCUCAUGUACACGCUCAGUCUCAAAGAGCCCCUUUUUGGCUCUCAGGAUGUCCUCUAUAAUCAGGUCACCCCCUCUUCCUGGUCGAGGGAGACAUCACAGAGCCCGAGUGGCAAACCAGACAUCCUGGACGCUCAGUGAGGAGGCAAGACGGCUUUCUUCUCUAAGAGGCCAUUUCUCCAAAAAUAGGCCAUUCCUGUGGUCUGCUCCUCAGCACAGCUACACCCGCUGCCGCUAUAACCUCCAAACUGUGACGGCUUAACUUGUGUUCUCUGCUCCUCCUGUGCACAGCCUACAUUUUAUGUGGAUUUGUUUUUUUUUUAUUAUGUGAAACACAAGACGUCUGCCUGCUAGUGACCGAGGAUGCCUUUGAACAAUGCUGUUGCGAAGUUCUAAAACAUUUGCCCUUUUAAGCUAUUCCAGUGCCUAUAUUUAAAGUUUUAAACUCUAUGUACUCAAAAGCUCUUCUAUAUAUAUAAGCCUCCAUUUGGUUUGACCCCUAGAAACAAACACAGAGCAGGUCCAGCUAUCAACUUUUUUUUAUUUUGACUUUCCAAAAUCUUUGUACAUGAUUAGGACAAAAUAAAAGCCGUUUGUACAAAAAC